AUGAGUCACAUUACUAUCGAUCAUAUUGUUCAAGCUGCAGAGCGUAUUACUGUUCACCGCACCCCGGUACACACAAACACGACAUUAGACAAUCUCGCUUCUCGAGAGGAUGCACCAGUUCAAUUGUUUUUUAAAUGUGAAUUGUUUCAAAAAACGGGUUCUUUUAAAUACAGAGGAGCUAGCAAUGCUGUUGAACUAUUGACUGACGAGGAAGCUUCCAAAGGUGUUGUCACUCACUCGUCUGGUAACCAUGCUCAGGCUAUUGCUUUAGCUGCCAAAAACCGAGGUAUUAAAGCCUAUGUGGUUAUGCCCAACACCACACCUUCCGUCAAAAAGGCUGCUGUGAUUGGCUAUGGCGCAACAGUUAUCGAAUGUGAGCCUUUGCAAGCUGUCCGCGAGAAAACCGCUUCUGAAGUACAAGAGGAAACAGGCGCUACUUUUGUUCAUCCUUUUAAUAACCCUAAUGUCAUUGCAGGACAAGGCACAAUUGCACUCGAGCUGCUUUCUCAGGUCCAAAACUUGGAUGCUAUUAUUGUCCCUGUAGGAGGAGGGGGUAUGUUGACAGGUUGUUCUAUUGCAGCUAAAUCUUUAAAUCCUGCUAUCAAAGUAUAUGCAGCAGAACCUGAGUGUGUAAACGACUGUUACCGGUCUUUCAAAAACAAUGAGCGCUUGACAAACAAAUCUUCAUUGUCCGUUGCGGAUGGUCUUCUGACCAAUUUGGGUGAUAUUGCUUUUUCUGAAAUCCACAAGAAUGUCGAUGAUGUUUUCACAGUCUCAGAAAAAGAAAUUAUCAAUACCAUGGAGUUGAUUUGGGCUCGAAUGAAGUUGUGUAUCGAGGCUAGUGCAGCUGUCGGUGUUGCUGUAGCUCUUUACAACAAAGAUUUUCAAGACGCUGUAAAAGCCAAUAAAAUUAAACGAAUCGGUGUCAUUCUCUGUGGUGGUAACGUUGAUAUCAUUAACGCAACGGAGUUGUUCCAAAAAUACAAGGAUUGA